CAUGUGCAUCUUGGCCGCAAAGUACAAACUAUUUUCUCAAAAAAGAACAUCGAGAUUACACCUUCAUUGAGAUAAGAGAGAGAAGUGUUAACGGCCAGGAUGGACCAACAUUCCACUGUGGAGGGAGGGCGGUGGGGCAAGAUAGUGGUGGCUGCAGCAUUCUGUAUACAGGUGACAGGCUUUGGCACUACCCAAUCUAUCGGAGUAUACAACAUAGAGUGGCUCCGCUAUUUUGAUGCUGGAGCUGCAGCAGUCUCACUUGUGGGUGCCAUCAAUCUGGGUGUCUUUCUUGGAGCAGGUCCCUUGGCGAGCGUGCUGAUGUCACGCUGGAGUCACCGGCAGGUGGCACUGUUGGGUGCCAUCCUGUCUAAUCUUGGCCUCAUCUGUAUGCCGUUUGCCCCUAACUUGCCCUUCAUGUAUGUGUUCUAUGGUGUCAUAUCAGGUUUGGGUAACUGCCUGUCGUACGUACCUUCCCACGUUCUGACAGGUCUCUACUUCAGCAAACAUCGCAGUCUCGCCACAGGUAUAGCAACAGCAGGUUCAGGGCUGGGUUCUACAAUUUUCCCCAUCAUUAUGUACCACCUUAUUCAGCACUACGGCUGGCGGGGCUCCUUGUUCAUUGUGACGGGACUGAACCUCCACCAGAUCUUGUUUGCUGCCCUCCUCCACCCUGUACCGAAAGAUAUUCAGGCUUCUGUUUCAUGUGCUGAUGAGCUUAUGGAGAUGAAGGAGAAGAGAGAAAUGUCAAAGAACUUGGAGACUAGUCAGGACAUACAGGAGAAAUUGUUAAAUGGGAAAACUUGCAAUGAUGUAAAAAUUGUUGAUGGUGAUUUUUCAAAUGAGAAUGGUGAAAUUGAAGUAAAUGAAAUGGAAAAUUUAUCAAAAGCAACUUCAGCAAUGCUGGAAUGUAGAAAAAACAGUGAUACAAAGUUGACAACCCGAGUGAAGUUAGUCAAUCAUUUAAAAACUGUGUUUACUGUAGAUUUUGUUAUUUUCUUUAUAAGCAACAUUUGUUGGAAUGCAGGGGGCGCCAUAGUUCUUAUAUUCUAUGCAGAGUAUGCAUAUACCGCUGGUCUGGAUAAAGAAGACUCUUCCACAGUGUUCACCAUGUGUGGGGCCGGAGCUUGUUUGGGGUGUAUACUUGGGGGAUUUCUCGGGAAUGUCAAAUACUUCAACAGAAUAUGGAUCUACAUUGUAGGGAAUAUUGGAGUCGGACUUAUUUCCAUGUUGAUCCCAUGGCGAGUAAUGCACACAUUCUGGGGACUAUUUAUGCUCAUUUUCAUAUUCGGGCUGAUGUUUGGGAUAAUUCUCGGUCUGCUCGUUGUCGUGACUUCUGACCUUCUUGGGACCAAGGCUCUAGGGGACGGGUUCGGGUAUCUGAUGUUGGCCAAUGGACUUGGUGUAUUUGGUGGACCACCUUUAGCAGGUAUAUUGAUAGAUUUAUAUGGGAGCCAGGAUCCUGCCAUGUACCUGUCAGGGGCCUUCUCCACCAUGGGAGGGUUGAUCAUGUGCCUAGUUCCACUCCGAAGAUGGCUGUUUCCCAUCACAGAGAAACAGUACUUACCCAGCAUAACGCUGGAGGUUGUGGUUGAGUAAGCCACCAUACUUGUAAGCUUGUUGUACUAAACCAACUCUGCACUAGAUUGUUCAGAUGAAUAAGCUUUCAUU